AUUGGCGACUGGACACAGUGCUCGACAAGCUGCGGCCCUGGAGAGCAGCGUCGGGAAGUGACGUGUGAACAACGCGUUGCAAGCGGCGACGUGAAGCAGUUCUAUCCACCCGUGCAGUGCCGACAUAUAGAAAAGCCGCCUACUGUACAGCUUUGCGAUCUGGGAACAUGCGAUAGUAUCAGUAACUCAGUGCUUCAGGACAGAAGCGAACCAUCAUAUCCUUCUGCUCCAUCGUUUAUUCAGCACCGCGAACAGAAUCGAAAGCUGACACUUAAUAUUGGUGGUAACGCGAAAUUAUUCGUUGGAACAUCACUUAAGGUAAAGUGUCCAGUGCGUAAUUACACAAAGAGCAAAAUUAUUUGGACCAAAGAUGGCAAGAAAAUUACAAACAAUGCUCAUAUAAAAGUGUCAUCGAACGGAGCACUGCGCAUCUUCCACGCUCGGAUGGAGGAUGCUGGCGUGUAUGCAUGUGUCGCAGGCGGUGUUCGAGGCAAUGUCACGUUAUCCUUCAAGUAUCGAGAUGAUAAAGUGCAGGUGCAACUCAGCAACCUGACUCUUUUAAUUUCAAUGCAGCUUUCCCGAAGAAAAGUUGCUAAACAAUGCUGUCGUUAUUCAAAAAAUUAA